CGUCACUUUGCCAUCCAUGUGUUUUUCCGUGGCAUAUCUCGCCUGGAAGUUGAACAAGACGAAGAAGACAUUAGCGGCAGGGAAUCAGUGGCAAGCGGUGGCCGCAUACCCGCCCACGGCACCAUCCAGCGCCUAUUACCAGGACCCGCUUCAAAAACACGAGUUACAGGAAGAUCAGGCAACUCAAGAGUUGCAAGGCCAACAUUAUUUCGUCGAUGGGGACGGAAACCGAGCCGAGCUAUCCGCCACGCCCUCGUUCCACUCUCCGGAAUCUCCUAUUGUUCAUCACGGGGGUGGCGGCCCAAGAUACCGCGAUGAGAUUCUGAAGAUGAUGUUCGUGGCUGGGGAGACCAAGCAACCCGCGGCGGAGACAACCACCAUAGUCGAGAACAUUGUCCGGGACCAAACAAUGCACAUGCUGGUUGUAGCAGGAGAACUCGCGGCCAGCCGUGGGCAAACAAGGUUCACGACGAACGACAUCAUUUUCCAGGUGCGGAACGAUGCUGGACGUCUUGCCAGGCUCCGCAACCACAUGCAGUGGAAGCAAAUUCGAAAGCGGGCGAAAGUCAAGGACGACGAGGCCGUGGAUGACCUCGACCUCGACGACGUAGAUGACAUAAUAGACGACGAAAAUGGGGACGGCGAUGCCGAGACAGCCGAAGAAGCCCACGCCAAUGCCGAUCCUUCCAAGCCCCAGCCAAAGAAGGACGGCAAAGGAGUCAUGGAUAGUGGUCCCGAAAUCUCCAUCCCGCCUCUUCCCUGGUCGAUACUGUCCAUGUUCCCCCACACGGAGGGCAUCCCGUCUCUAGCGGCUCUCGAUAACGACGAGGGGACCGGGGGAGAGAACUCAAGCCCUCUUCCUGGCAGCACCACCAAUCGCUGGCUUCUCGCCCGCCUCAUGAAGAACGACGAACGCACACGGGCCAUGACAGCGGAAGAGUACAGCGCCUGGUCGGAUUGCAGGUCAGCGUCCUUCACCUACCGGAAGAAGAAGACGUUCCGGGAAUGGUGUGGUCUGGGGGUCAUUGCGGACCACAGGGCCAAGGAUGAUGUGCUGGAAAUCCUGGGGUUCUUGACCAGCGAGUGGGUGCAGACGCUCACGGAGCGGGCAUUGGAAGUCCAACGGCAAGAGAAAACCAUCGAGUCCGCGAGCGCGGUCGGAAGGGUGGGGUUGAAGAGGAAGUUGAACGAGGGACCGUUUACACUGAGGAAUGACGAAGUCUGUCAGCCAGAGGGGGGUGCUGGCGGCGAAUCAACAUCAAGAGGCCCAAUCCAAACACAUCAUGUGAGACGGGCGUACGGCAUACUCCAGACUCCACCGAAGAAGUACACAACGAUGAUGAACGGGGUGCAAUUAAGGCAGAGGAAGAGAAUGAGGUUAUUCUGA